AUGGACGACGACGCCUCGAGAUACGUCCCCGAGUACCGGCGGACACACUUUAAGAACAAAGGUCGCUUCACCAACGAUGAGCUCCGCCGGCGCCGCGAGAACCUCACCGUCGACUUGCGCAAGCAGAAGCGUGACGAGAUGUUGCUGAAGCGCCGUAACUUCAACCGCGACGCCGGCAACGACUCCGAGGAGGAGGACGUCGCCACCUGGAACCAGGCGCCCACCGGCCAGCAGGGGAUGAACCCGGCGGCGAUGGACGCCCAGUUGCGCCAGGAAUUGCCCCGGAUGGUGUCGAUGCUCCAGCUGGCGGACUUUGACCAGAAGUUGGCCGCCACCAUCGAGUUCCGCCGCAUCUUGUCCCGCGAACACAACCCCCCCAUCGACCUCGUCAUCGAGCUGGGCGCCAUCCCCUACUUGGUCGAGUUCAUGGGCAAGGAGUACCCCGACAUGUUGCAGUUGGACGCGGCGUGGGCGUUGACCAACAUCGCCUCGGGGACGUCGGAACAGACGCGGGUGGUGGUCGAGGCCGGCGCCGUGCCCAAGUUUGUCGACUUGUUGGACUCAAAUCUGGCGGAAGUGAAGGAACAGGCGAUUUGGGCCUUUGGUAACGUCGCCGGGGACAGCACCGAGUUGCGCGACUACGUGUUGGAGUGCGGGGCGAUGGAGAAGUUGUUGGAGUUGUUGAACUCGCUGAAGAUGACGCUCAUCCGCACCGCCACCUUCACGUUGCUGAACUUGUGCCGGGGGAGACUGCCGCCGCCCAACUGGAACAUCGUGUCACAGGCGAUCCCCACCCUCGCCAAGUUGGUGUACUCGACCGACUCCGAGACCCUUGUUGACGCCUGCUGGGCGGUGUCGUACCUCUCCGACUGCAGCGCCGAGGACAGCGCCAUCGACGCCAUCCAGGCGGUGGUCGAUGCCCGCAUCCCUCAACGGUUAGUCCAGCUUUUGGGCCACGACGAACACUUGGUGCAGACGCCGGCGUUGCGGGCGAUCGGCAACAUCGUCACCGGUAACGACUACCAGACGCAGACGGUGAUCAACGCCGGGGUGUUGCCGGCGUUGGCGCCGUUGUUGUACCACUCCAAGGACGGCAUCCGCAAGGAGGCGUGCUGGACGAUCUCCAACAUCACCGCGGGUAACCCCGACCAGAUCCAGGCGGUGAUCAACGCCAACUUGAUCCCGCAAGUGAUCAAGUUGUUGGCCACCGGCGACUACAAGAUCAAGAAGGAAGCGUGCUGGGCGAUCUCCAACGCCUCGCUGGGGGGUUUGGCUCGCCCCGAGCAGAUCCGCUACUUGGUGCAACAAGGGUGCAUCAAGCCUCUUUGCGACUUGUUGCCGAUUGCCGACGCCCGCAUCAUCGAGGUGACGUUGGACUCUUUGGAAAACAUCUUGAAGAUGGGGGAGAUGGACAAGGAGGCGCAGGGGCUCUCGCAAAACCCCAACGCCAUCUACAUUGAGGAAGCGGGUGGCAUGGAGAAGAUCUUCGAGUGCCAGCUGAACCAAAACGCUCUGAUCUACAAGAAGGCGUUCAACAUCAUCGAGACGUACUUUGGCGAGGAAGACGACGCCGUUGACGACGAAAUGACGGCGCCGGACGCCUACGACGACCGCUACCGGUUCGGGGUAAACCAAAACGAAGGCAACUACGACUUUUAG